AUGCGCAUCAAGCGCUUAUCAUCAACCGUUGAGAGUGAGGCUGACAUAGCACGGAUGCAAAAGGACGAAGGCCGCUACAAGGAAGUCCUAGAGCUCCUGAGCUCCAUGCAGAUGGCCAAGACGGACAGUGACACGAGGAUCCGCUACAACAACAUUCCAUUUCCAGCCAAUACGAGAUUCAGCGGGCGCGAGGACGUGUUGGAUGCAGUCCAUAAGGCGCUUAGUCUUCGGGACACUGCUACUAGUACUCAAUCUCCGAGAUCCAUGGCCUUGUUCGGCAUGGGCGGUGUCGGAAAGACCCAGAUUGCACUUCAAUAUGCGUACCAGAACCUGGAAGAGUUUCAGGUCAUCCUGUGGGUUGCAGCGGAUAACGCUAUCGCCAUCGGCCAGAGUUUUCGUGCUAUUGCUGAGGGGCUUGGGCUUUUGGGAACAGAGGACUACACAAAGGAUGCCGCUGCAGCUCUUUGGAAGGUCAAGAAUUGGCUCACCAAGACUAAAACCUCUUGUCUCAUCGUCUUCGACAACGCGGAUGACCUGGUUGCUCUAAAAGCGGCUUGGCCUGGCGCAAUGGGCGGUUCGGGCCUCUCUGUGCUGCUGACAACUCGGAAUUUCACUGUUGCUACGACCAUCGCGGCCGGGUACGUGCAAGUCAACGCCCUAGCCGACGAAGAUGGUGGCAGAAUGCUUCUCAAGGUCAUUGACGGCGGCCACGCUACGCCCGCUGACUCCCAGCAUGCCCUCGCCAUCAGCCGCCGUUUUGGCGGGUUGCCUUUGGCUCUGGCCCAGAUCGGCGGAUUCGUCACCCAGCGCAAACUAUCUCUGCAGGAGGUGUUACCACUGUACGAGCGUUACUCGACCAAGAUUGACGCCCGCAAGGCGCCCGGAAGCGAUUACGAGCACACUCUGAGCAGCGUGUGGAAUGUCUCAUUUGAAAAGCUGACCGAGACUCCCACACAUCUUCUGUACUUGCUCUCCUUCUUCGACCCGGACGGCAUCUCGGAGACAAUCUUGUUGCAGGGCUCCCAGAGACUUGAGGAUACUAAGUUCUCCUUUCUGUGUGACGAGCUAGACUUUGGUGACGCUGUUGAGGAGCUGAUUCGCGGAGCCCUGGUUAACCGGGCAGGAGAAUCAGCGACUCUUACCAUCCACCGCCUGGUACAGUCCGCUGCAAGAAAUAGACUAAACGAAGCAGAUAUCGUCAACUACUUCGACGCCGUGGUCCACGUGCUCUGUUGGGGCUUUCCUGACCACUCCAGCGUUGACAUAGGGCAUCAAAUCUCUGCCUGGGAGCGAUGUGAGAAGUGCCUUCCCCAUGUUAGCCACCUCGCCGCACUAGCGGUUCGGCACCAGUAUGGCGCCGGCAAUCGGCAGAAAUAUGCAGACCUGCUACUGAGAUGUGGUUGGUAUUUGUACGAAAGGGAAAUGUACUUCAUCGCCCGACAAAUGGUGGAACAAGCAACCUCAUCAUUCGACGAUACCACAACUCUGGCCUAUGCAAGCGCACUCGAUCUUGGCGGCCUGAUCGAUUUGGAUCUGGCUCGGGCUGCUCAUGCCCUUGAGCCUUUCAAACGCGCUCUGGACAUACGCAAAGCACGGCUCGGACCGGAGGAUCCGUUCAUCGCCUACAGCCUGAAUAACAUAGCGCUGGUAUACACGGAGAUGGGUGAGUUGGAUCUUGCCUACGCAGCCCAUCAGGAAGCAAUCCGGAUCAGGCUGCAAGCGAACAGCGACAGAAUCGGGAAUUCUUACAGCAAUAUGGCGAGCCUCCUUCUUCGUAUGGGCAGCCCGGAUGAAGCGGAAGAGAUGUUGGCAAAAUGCCCGUCUCUCAAAGACUUCACCGACGAGACCUUCCUGAACACCGGAAAUCCUCGUUUCUCAGGUGAUAUGGUCUUGCUGUCUCGCAUCCGUCUCGCUCAGGGCCGACUGGCCGAGGCCUUGCGAUUGGCCUCAAAGGCAUUAGCUUUCCGUAGGAAGCUACUCGGAAAUAGGCUCAAGACUUGCGACUCGCAAUAUGACGUUGCCUCGAUGCUUCAUAAGGACGGCCAUACAAGCUCGGCCAUACAACUUCUUGAAGAAAUUAUUAGCAUUGCCGAGACGUUCGCUGAGGGCGAGGGACAACAAGCCCGAGCUCUGUACAAGCUUUCCGAGCUUCAAGCAAAAAGGGGCAUGCAGACUGAGAGCAUGGCUUGUAAGGACAGGGCUUUGAAAUUGAGGGCAAAAUUGAAGCCUGAGCUCGCAGAUGCGCCAUUUCAGGAAGCUGAGUUUUCAAAGCUCUGUCUGUGGAUGUUGUGGUAG